CCCCCAACUCUCAUUUUCAAAGCUCCGGCUUACCCUUCUCUCUCCUUCUGCUUCUCUCCCGCUUCGAGUUUUUGAAGAAGAAGUGGAAAUGGAAGCGUCUCCUUCGUCCAAUAUUGCGAGUGUUUUCCACCUCCGAAACGCAGCCUUCGAUGAAACUUAUCGUCACAUAUCUUCGCUGUAUCUUGGAAUUCUAGCUAUUUGGUGCUUCUUUACAGUCUGCUGGGCUGUUAACACUUGGAGAAAUCGCGAUCUGGUUUUUGACAUCAACCAUCUGCACUGUGUUAUGGCGGCUGUUCCCCUGAUUAAGGUCGUGCAGCUAGGCUUUUCCUUUUCAUUUUGGUACUCGUGCGUUAAACUUCAGAUUUGCUCUUUGUGGAUGUCUUUUGGAGUCUAUGUAACUGGAAUACUUUUUCAAACAGCAUCAUUUAUGUCGUUCAUGCUCAUAUCACAUGGUUAUUGCAUCAUCUAUGAGCGUCUUUCUGUUCCUGAGAGGCGCAUGACUGCUGCAUUGGGUUGUGGUCUAUACUUAACUCUUGUUGGCUAUAAAGCUGCCAUUCCUUACUUCACAAUCUUUGCUUUACUGAACUAUUCUCUGUAUUUUUAUUUGAUCUUCCGCCACAUCUCCCAAAAUCUCCUUGUUUUGCGGGAACAGUUAAACUCAAUGGAAGAUGUGGAUGUACAAAGCAUGCACAAUACCCUGCGCAUGAAAUACAGUUUGUUCAAGAAGUUCAAAGGCACGAUGCAAAUUGUAGCUGUUGUUGAAUUUUUGGUCUAUAUGAAUGUUGCUGAAGCACCAGAUAACUAUUGGUUACGUUUAUUGGUUCGGGAAUCUGCGCAGUUCUGCAUUUUUCUUUACAUUGGGUGGACUUUCAGAGCAUUAGGACCAUCACCCCAUUUCUCUGUUAUGCCUAUCUUGAAGUCCAAAUGGGAGAUGGAAGUGCCCCCUAUAUAUAGCAUCGAAAUGGAUGCUACUGAUUUCAAUAAUCUGGCGUUCAGAGACUGGCAGUUUGGUGUGCCAACUUCUCGUCCAGCCCAGCUCAAAAGCUCCGUUGAUCCAUUGUUGAUUUUAGUUCAAAAUCCUUGUAGUGUGAGCAAAGUAACUCCAGAUAUUCUCAUGAGGUCAAAAAUCCCAACAUAUUAUGCUCCUACUGCUGCGGAGCCUCUUAAUAACGGCCAUCAGGUUUAGUUUCGAAGAUGAUCAUAUGGGACAGUACUAACCAACUCAGUGAACGGGCGCAUGAUUUAAAGCCUUCGCUAAAGACGAAAUCCACAAUAUAACCAGUUUAUUCUUCUCAUGUAAAAUAUUCAGAAAAAAAUAUGUGAAUGUUUUAGUUAUUAUGAGUAAAAAAGAGCAUGUAACGCUUGCACAUAUCCUGCCAGCUGCUCACCCAUUCUCAGCCAUAAAUUGUUCAGCAAUUUUCUUUUACAAAUUCUUCCUGAAGAUCAUCAUGUAAAUCUCAAAUUAGGACUAAUCUGCGGGAAAUAUUGUAUAUCUUCAGAGUUGUAUAUUAUUUCCUCAAAAAUUCAUGUAAUUUGUGUUCAUCUAAU